GACGCGUACGUUUGGGACAAACCUUUGGCCACAAGCUGCGACGGAGCGUUUUAAAGCGAACAACGACAAACACAGAGCGACGGCUGGAUUUCCAUCAGGUCUUUACAGGCCAGCUGUGUGUUUAAGCAUGUGCCGUGUGACUACACGUGUGUCCUGCUCCGGUCCAGAGCCUCAUUAGGCUCAUUAACGCUCACUAUUACAUCCUGAUCAUGUUCUUUUUCCUAUUAUUUGCGUUGCAGUGACAAAGUCCAGGAAAUUGAUUUGAUGUUUAAACAACUUUAUAGAAAGCACCUGCCUUCAUUUAAACAUCCAUCCAAGCUCCAUCCUUGAGCUAAUUUAAUGUUUUUAAAACUUUUAGAAUUGAAUGCAUCUUGUUUUAGCUUGAACAACAGCUUCUACUAAAACCAUGUCCCGUAUCUACGAUUGUCAAGGUAACCAAUGAGCUUGAUCAUAUCAUUCAAAUCCAUAAUGAGCAUUUCAGGCUGAAAUUGUUUCCAGAACCAUGAGUCAAGAUGUAAAUCUGAGACGGAUCCUCAGAAGGACCUGCACCUAAAAUAAGCCGUGUCAGAACCGCUCUGAAGCAGAACCUGCUCCUUCUCCCAGGUUGAAUUUGGCUGAUGAACAAAAUACAUUCUAAGGCGUCUGCCGCCAGAUGUGGGCAGCUGGAUUCAGCAGCUGGAACAGCAGCCUCGCCCGACUCAGGGUUCCUUUUUAAUGAAGAUGGGAGCGCGUGGCAUCAGUCGAUAUCAAACCUUCUGGAAGAGACUGUGAGAGGCCGAACCUCCACUUAAACAGGACCAUGCCGCCUCUGCCCAGCUCCACCAUCCUGCUGUUCCUCAGUCUCCUGAUUGGGCUGAGCCGCUCUCUGAACCCCAGAGACCCCAACGUGUGCAGCCUGUGGGAGAGCUUCACCACCUCAGUCAAAGAGUCCUACUCUCAUCCCUAUGAUGAAGUGUCGGAGGAGCCCUGCUCAGACCCUCGCACCUCCUACAGAUGCACACGCCACAGGAUCACCUACAAAACGGCCUACAGGCAGGCGGUGAAGACGGACUACCGCAGGAGGUUCCAGUGCUGUCCGGGCUUUUACGAGAGCAGAGACAAAUGCGUUGCUCGCUGCACCAAAGAGUGCGUCCACGGCCGCUGCGUUGCCCCCGACCAGUGCCAGUGUGAAGGAGGGUGGCGAGGCGACGACUGCUCCAGCGACUGUGACGACAAACACUGGGGUCCGGGCUGCGCUCAGCAGUGCCGCUGUCAGAACGGGGCUCCGUGCGAUCCCGUGAAGGGGAUGUGUCGGUGUCCACCGGGCUUCAUCGGGCGCCACUGCGAGGAAGCGUGUCCGGCCGGCUCCUUCGGGAGCGGCUGCCUGCAGAGGUGCCAGUGUGCAACCGGAGGGGCCUGCGACAGAGCUACAGGAGAGUGUAAAUGCAGGGACGGAUUCACUGGGACCUUCUGUGAGAAGACGUGUGCCAGGAAGUGCCAGGCCCGAUGCUCCUGUCAAAACGGUGGCAUCUGCAGAGGCAAAGGGGUCUGCGACUGCCCCCCCGGCUGGACGGGCACGGUCUGCACAGAGCGCUGUCCACAGGGCAGGUUUGGACCGAACUGCGCUGAGGAGUGCGUCUGCCACAACGGCGGCAAGUGUGACCCUGAGACUGGCCAGUGCCUGUGCGCCAAAGGCUUCACUGGCAGCAGGUGUAAUGAGGAAUGUGCCGCCGGCUCCUACGGACAGGACUGCGAGGGCGUGUGCGACUGCGCCAACGGCGCACGCUGCUACAACAUCGACGGCGGCUGCCUGUGCGAGCCGGGCUUCAGCGGGCCGCACUGCAGGGACCGCAUGUGCCCGGCGGGCCGAUACGGCGUGCACUGCGAGCGCCCGUGUCUCUGCCAGGACAAGCACACGCUCAGCUGUCACCCGAUGAAGGGGGAGUGCACGUGCCAGCCGGGGUGGGCCGGACUCCACUGCAACGAGACCUGCGCCCACGGCUUCUACGGCCACGGCUGCCUGGAGCCGUGCCUGUGUGUGAAUGGAGGGGUGUGUGACAGCGCCACGGGCCGGUGCCGCUGUGGCCCCGGGUUCACGGGGAUCCACUGUGAGAGUCCGUGUAAAAGCGGCACCUAUGGCAAAAACUGUAGUCUGGAGUGUUCCUGUAAAAACUCUGUCGACUGCUCACCAGUGGAUGGGACCUGUUUCUGCAAAGAAGGCUGGCGGGGCCCCGCCUGCUCCGUCCCCUGCUCCCAGGGAACCUGGGGCCCCGGAUGCAACGCCACCUGUCACUGCGACAACGGGGCCAAGUGUCACCCUGCAGAUGGAAGCUGCGCCUGCACGGCCGGCUGGCGGGGGCCGCGCUGCGACCAAGCAUGUCCAAUGGGCACGUUCGGGCCCGGCUGCCUGAAGAGGUGCGACUGCGACCGCGCCGACGGCUGCCAGGCCUCCACUGGGCAGUGCCGCUGUCUGCCAGGCUGGGGGGGUCCGCGCUGCAGCGAGCCGUGUUCCGACGGCCUGUGGGGGCGUCACUGCAACCAGAGCUGCCUCCAACGCUGCCCCAACAGCGACACGUGCCUCGGGGACAGCGGGGCGUGUGUGUGCCGCCCGGGCUACUGGGGAGUCACCUGCCAGCACAAAUGCCGAGCGGGGACGUUCGGGGAGCAGUGCGGCGCGUCCUGCCCGUCCUGCGGCCAGUCGUACCGCUGCCAUCACGUGACAGGAGAGUGUGAGUGCCUGCCCGGGUUCACUGGGCCCAACUGUGAGCAGGUCUGUCCAGCUGGCUCCUACGGCACACGGUGCUCGGAGGUGUGUGUCGGCUGCGCCAACAACUCCACCUGCAGCCCCCGCGACGGCCACUGCGAGUGUGGGCCCGGCUGGACGGCCAGCGACUGCUCCAAAGCUUGUGGUCCAGGACGCUUUGGGCCGUUCUGCGCUCACACCUGCUCCUGCGCCAACAACCUCCCGUGUGACCGGUUCACAGGCGACUGUGUGUGUGAAGGUGGAGGAGACGGGUGCAGACACGAGGCGCCGGAGCAGGCCGGGAGCGUGAUGGUUCCGCUGCCUCCGGGGGAGAGGGAGUCGUGGGGGGCCAUCGGCGGCAUCGUGGUGCUCGUCCUGCUGGUGGUGCUGCUGCUGACGCUGCUGCUGCUCUACCGCCGCCGGCAGAAGGACAAGCAGAACAACACGCCCACGGUGUCCUUCUCCACCGGCCGCACCGUCAACUCCGAAUACGCCGUUCCAGAUGUCCCUCACAGCUACCACCACUACUACUCCAACCCCAGCUACCACACGCUGAGCCCGACCCGGCCUCCUCUGCCGCACCUGCCCAACAACCACGAACGCAUCAUCAAGAACACCAACAACCAGCUGUUCUGCAGCGUGAAGAACGCGGAGCGCGAGCGCCGCGGUUUGUUCGGGGUGGAGAGCAACGCCACGCUGCCUGCAGACUGGAAGCACCACGAGCCGCGCAAAGACUCUGGAGCGUUUGGAAUUGACCGGCGCUACAGCUACAGCGCCAGCCUGGGAAAGUAUUACAAUAAAGAGCUGAAGGACGCGGUGGCCGUGAGCAGCAGCUCCCUGAACAGCGAGAAUCCUUACGCCACCAUCAAGGACCUGCCCGGCCUGCCCUUCUGCCCGCCGGAGAGCAGCUACAUGGAGAUGAAGGCGGCCGUGCCCCGAGAGCGAGCCUACACCGAGAUCCGAGCGCCGCCGUUCCACGCGGCGACGCUACGCAGGGAGCGUCAGAGCUCCCUGGGCCACGCGCCCCACGACGACCCCCAGAGCCACUACGACCUCCCAGUGAACAGCCACAUCCCGGGACACUACGACCUGCCUCCGGUGCGCAGACCCCCGUCGCCGUCGCCCCGGAGAACCACCCAGUGACAGCAGAGCAGCCCGGAGCGCUGACACAGAGCGUGGACCACCCACAGAGCAGCGGCGAGGCGUCUGUCCUGCUGCAGACCCUCCCCUCCCCUCAACUCAACACUGCCCCCCUGUGGGCCGCACAGGUACUGCCUGUCACCCAGACAGAACCCACAGGCUGGACUGUGGUGACACCAUCCGGGUUUCAGCCGCCGUAACAUCCUGUGGGGGACACACUAGAAGCAGUAACAAGGGAAGGUUUACGUUUGGACUCAUCUAAACAGGCUGUAGUUUAACUGCUCGUCUCCUCCUACUACUAAUGAUGAACGCGUGCAAAUGGUGCCUUUCAUCAGCAGAUCAACUAAAGAAAAUCAAAUACAACAUGCUUUAUAACAGACACUAUGAACUCAUCACAACCUUCAAGAAGAUUCUUCCAUAGUUGUACUUUUUUUUUUUUUAAACACGGUUUGAUCCCAAGGUUUGUUAAUAUUUCUGAUAUUGAAGUUUCAGGAAACUUGAGAGUAGACGUGGUUUCACCAAAGCACCACAUGAUUGUUUACCUCCUGGAAGCUGAUUCAGGCAGCAUCUGUCUCCACACGAGGCAUUUACAGACUCACUUACGGCUGCUGGCAGAUCAAAUCAUUGUAAAUAGAGAAAUAUAUUGUUAGUCUCAGUUGUGUACAAAGAGCACUAUUUUAAGAGAGGAUCACACAUGCUGCCUGUUAAUAGUUUAGAGAAAAGCAAAGUCAGCACAAGUUGUGUUUGUAAUGGUUGAUUUUCUGGGAAGCACAAACCAAACAAAGGAGCGUUAUAUUAAUGAGGUGUCCUCAAGCGGCCACUGUGGUAUUUGCAUUUGAAAAUAAUGGGUAAUUGAAAUAUAAAAGCCUAAAAGGCAUGUUGUGAACAAACAAAGUAGAUCAUGUAAAACAAUGACUGUUGUAGAUUCGUUUGGUAAAACCAUUAGUGGUGUGAGAAGAAGAAGGUUUUAAUGAUGUCAUACGUUUAGAAACGCUUCAAUGUGUCGAUACUGAACCAAAACACAGAAUGUACAUUGUGCUUUAAAUGCUGGAAUUUUGUUCUGAGCUUCUUUUUUAUUCUCUUCAUAUGGUCAUGUAUUUGUGAAUGUAACCACAAGUCCAGUGUUGUGUAUAAAAUGUAAAUAAACGCACUUCAACAGGUG